GUUGCAGAUUUUAUCAAAUUUCCUCUAAGAAGUAAAAGCUGUUGCAAAAGAGGUUGAAUGUCUUCAACCAAAUGACUUAACAUCCUGUUUAAACUGCAAACAGCGUCCGCAAAGUUGUCGGUUAGUUAAGGGCAACUCAUGUAGGAGUCUUAAUUCAGAAGGAAAAAGAAGUUUAAAGGUUUCUUUUAUGUUAAAACCCAUUAUCUGCAGCUUCUAUUUGCUUGAUUGAAAUUUAAUUUUAAAAGAUGGACUCAAGACCUCAAAGUGCCGGAUUAAUUGCAAUAAUUGCUGUGAUGAACAUUAUUUGGUGGAUGGUGAUGAUAGCAGCCAUUGGACUGGGUGCCACACAUAUGGACCGCUGUCCCCAGCAGCCCAAAAUCCCUGUUUACCUGAUCGUGCUUGGAGCAACAAGCCUCCUAUCUCUGAUUUUCACCUACAGCAGCAGUGGCUACCAAGACGGAGCCGUUCACAUCCUGAGCGUGGUCUGCAUGACUUUCCUGCACAUCUUUAGUUUUGCGUGGCUGAUAGCAGGCUCGUCAUGGGUUUAUUCAAUUUACCCUCCAAACUACAGUGAAAAGGACCAAUACUGCCAUAAAACGACCUACCAAUUUGCAUUUGUUGUAACCACACUCCUGUGGGUCGCCAUGAUCUUGGUGAUCCUCUGCAGCUGCUGCUUCGCUCUCCUAACCUGCUGCACCACUGUAGUUGCAGGACGCCACUUGUUACCAGACCGCAAAAGCUUCUAUGGUGCAACAAGUUUUCAUGAACCAGCAACGGGGGAUGUGUAAUUGAAAUUUUGGUUCUUGUGUUAAGAUAGUAGAGGAAGUUAUUCUUACACUGCUAACAGUGUAGAGUUUAGUCUUUCUGUUGACACCUCCCUGUGUUUCCCUGACAUUAUUAAAGCUUACACACUAGGUAGAACAUGUAGCUUUAGCUAGAAAUCCCUCUUAUACUUUACAUUUAAUUAUUUUUGUUCGUUAUUUUCUAAAAUAGACAUAUUCAUGAUGCAUGAAAAUAUUUUUGCUUCACAGCUUAAAUUCUCAAAGCAGUUUAGUAUCAGUGAUUGUUUUGCAGGCUCAGUUCAACUGGUUGCACCAGAGCUGAUUAGAUUGUUUCCUGUUAUAACCAAAUGAAGAUAAGGCAUCCGCUAGCACAUACAUUCAGUAUGAAUUUGAAAUGUAAGUAAUCAAAAAGACAAGGCUAUGUGCUAAGACUGAGCUCUGAACCUCAAAUUUACUAUAUCAAGUUGAGUUUUUACUUCUAUGUUUUCUUGUAUACUGAUAAGUGCCUGAUUACAUAUUUCUAGCUCUAUUCUGAACCUAAUUUACUUUUCUAUCCAUAUGGCUCACAAAUGACUGUUCAAUACCCAUUUUCAUCUGAAUUACUAUUAUUUUGUUUUUGUUUUAACGUCUCUGAAACCUGUGUAGUAUUUACUGGAAUCAUGGGUUCUUUCUUUCACAAUGCAAUGUUUUUUUCCGUUGGUGUAAAAAAUAGUAGCGUGUAGGAAUAUGACUUUAAAAUGACAAAGAAAUACGUAAGAUUGAAUGAUAAAUGUUUAUUAAUUUUUUUUUUUUAUAUUAAUGAAUUUCCAUUACAAUGUUGACAAAAGAAAACAAUAAGUUCUUAAUAAGAUAAAAAGAGAUCAACUUUGAAGAAUAAUUACAUUUAAGUAUCCUCCAGGUCUGGGUAAGUAUGUUAAAUCAAUCAAAAAUUACAUCCAUCCAUGCUUGGUUUUGAAAACCUGAAGUUAAUAUAAAUAUUGUUCUGUAUUUUGCAUAGAUUUUAUUUGCACAUGGAUUAAAAUGAACAAAAAACUCAUCAAAUUUUUUUUGAGUCCAAUAAAUUGUGUAAUUUGGACAUAAAUCAUCCUCCACCUUCCAUUGAAAACAUCACUGGGGUAUGAAAAGCAGACACUAGAUCUUGCCUAAUUAAGAGGUCUCUUUAUUUUAAAUUACUAAGUA